CCGAAUCCGCACCCACUUGGCGCAUGCCUGGCACCACGUGAAUUUCGCGCGCCGGUUAGCAGGUCUGCAUGGUGCUACGGUGAACUAGAAACUUUCGAGUUCAUUAUAGCAUUGUAAAAGUUAAACAUUUGUGCGUUACGCGCCUUCCACAAUGGAUGCGUUCAUUGAGUUUCCAGAGAAGCCUUCGUUGAAAAAAACGUUGUCAAGUGAUUUCGGAAAACUGAGCAGUAAACAGCACAAGGUGAUUCAAGAUGUGAGCAAAGCGCACGUCGAAUCAUUCAACUACAUGCUCAGGGAGGGCCUCUCGAGGGCCGUAGCGGACAUUCCACCAUGCGAGUUUGCAUUGCCUAAUGGAGACCGGGUGAAGCUGGAACUCAGAGAUCCUUACAUUGGCAGCCCCAUGAUUAGCAAAAACACCAUUGGAGUUGUGACACCACAGGUCUACCCGGCAGAGUGCAGAAAUCGGGGCACCACCUACAGAGGCAAAUUGGAUGUCACAAUUGUGUGGAGCAUGAAUGGUACUCAUCAAGACACCGUCAAAAAGACAGUGGGGGAAGUUCCCAUAAUGGUCAAAUCUCAGGUUUGCAACAUUGCCAAGAUGUCACCUGCGGAACUCGUUAGGAGGGGAGAGGAGGCAGGGGAAUUUGGAGGUUAUUUUGUCGUCAAUGGCAAUGAGAAGAUUAUCAGAAUGCUUAUCAUGACCAGGAGGAAUUACCCUAUAGCGAUGGUGCGGCCUUCUUGGAAGAAUAGAGGAAAAAUGUUCUCAGAAUAUGGCGUCUCACUACGCUCUGUGAAACCAGACCAGACUGGCACAAACAUGGUGCUUCACUACCUGACCAAUGGCACAGUGCAAGUGAUGUUCUCAUACAUGAAAGAACUCUUCUUCAUGCCUGUCAUGAUGCUGCUCAAGGCAUUGUGCGAUGUCAGUGAUUACCACAUUUACAGUGAGCUAAUAGCAGGCAAAGAAGGUGACUCAUUCUUCAAAGGUUGCAUCAUUAACAUGUUGAGGCAAGUGCAAAAUGAAGGCCUGCUGAACCGGGACCAGGUGCGAGCAUACAUUGGGGAGAAGUUUCGCAUCUGCAUGAGGCUGCCCGAGUGGUACAGCGAUGAGGAAGUGGCCCUCUUUCUUCUUAGGCACUGCAUUUGUGUGCACACCGAAUCAUAUGUAGACAAGUUCAACAUAAUACUGCUCAUGAUACGAAAGCUAUUUGCUGUUGCCAAAGGAGAGUGUGCAGUUGAGUCUACUGACAACCCAAUGAACCAUGAAGUUCUGCUUGCUGGACACUUAUACCUUAUGGUACUCAAGGAAAAGCUUUCUGGAUUUCUGUAUUCGAUAAGGCAAAAUAUAGAAAAGAAAGCAAAAGCAACAGGGUCCACAUUUAAGCUCAGCAUGGCCAACUUUAGCCGAGCGCUGGCAACUUCAUGGGACAUAACGUCGGCCAUGAACUACUUCCUGGCCACCGGUAAUGUGGUGACCAAGUCAGGCCUGGGCCUAAUGCAGUUCACAGGCACUACGGUCAUCGCAGAGAAGCUCAACUACUGGCGAUACCUGUCGCACUUCCGCUGUGUCCACCGAGGUGCCUUCUUCGCUGAGAUGCGCACCACCACUGUGCGAAAGCUGUUGCCCGAGGCUUGGGGCUUUCUCUGUCCUGUGCACACACCUGAUGGCGCCCCUUGUGGUCUGCUCAACCACAUGACGGCCCUGGCUGAGGUGGUAAACCAGCAGUUCCCAACAAGCCACCUGCCCUCUCUCUUGGUCGGCCUAGGCAUGGCACCACUAGAUGGCAUAAGGCCAAAUGUUGCUGAGUCAUAUGUUAUUGUGCUUGAUGGUCGCGUCUUGGGCUAUGUUGAGGACAGCAAUGUGGAAAAUCUGGUAACCAGCCUUCGCACGAUGAAAGCCUGCGGACUAGAAAAGGUGCCCCCAACAUUAGAGAUUGGCUUUGUGCCCAAAACAAGCCAGGCAUCCCAGUAUCCUGGUGUAUUUCUCUUCACAAGCGUUGCACGCAUGAUGCGCCCUGUUCUCAACAUGGGAACAAAUACUGUCGAGUGGGUUGGGACAUUCGAGCAAGUGCACCUCAGCAUCUGCGUAGUGCCCGAGGAAGCCCAUGAAGGGAUCACCACUCAUCAGGAGUUGAGGCAGACUAGCAUGUUAAGUCUGCUAGCAAACAUGAUUCCUUACUCAGAUUUCAACCAGAGUCCUCGUAACAUGUACCAGUGUCAGAUGGGCAAGCAAACAAUGGGCACACCAUGCCAAGCACUUCGUUACCGCUCGGACAACAAGCUGUAUCGCAUCCAGACACCACAGACCCCUGUUGUUCGGCCGACUGCCUAUGACCACUACAACAUGGAUGAAUUUCCUACAGGCACCAAUGCUAUAGUGGCAGUGAUCUCGUACACGGGCUAUGACAUGGAAGAUGCUAUGGUGCUAAACAAAUCAUCAGUGGAGCGGGGCUUCAAGCAUGGCUCCAUCUACAAAAGUGAGGUAGUAAAUUUGCGUGUGCUAGCCGGUGAUGCAGGCAGGCAGGUGUCGCUUGUCUUUGGGCGCAAGAUGACUGACCGGCACCUUGAAGACCGCAUUGACCUCGACGGUUUACCUUACAUAGGCACCAGAGUGGAACACAACCAGCCAGUUUGCAGCUUCAUCAACAUUGUGACCGGGGAGACAAAAGUGCAUAAGUACAAGAACAUGGAAGCUGGCUACAUUUAUGAUGUAAAGCUUUUGGGGAAUGACACUGGCACAGACCUUCUGCAGGCCAUCUGCAUCACCUACUGGAUCCAGAGGAAUCCAAUGAUUGGUGACAAAUUUGCCAGUCGUCAUGGUCAGAAAGGUGUGUGCAGCCAGAUGUGGCCUGUGGAAAACCUGCCAUUCACUGAAAGUGGCAUGACCCCUGAUAUCAUCUUCAACCCCCAUGGCUUUCCCUCUCGAAUGACCAUUGGCAUGAUGAUCGAAAGUAUGGCUGGGAAGUCCUCCAUGCUUCACGGUGUUGUGCAUGACGCAACACCUUUCAAAUUCUCUGAAGAUCAGCCAGCGUCCGAGUACUUCGGAGAACUUCUUCAAAAAGCUGGCUACAACUACUAUGGGACAGAGCGCAUGUACUCGGGUGUGGAUGGCCGUGAAUUGGAAGCAGACAUCUUUUUCGGAGUUGUCUACUACCAGAGGCUGAGGCACAUGGUGGCUGACAAGUACCAGGUGCGAACUACUGGUCCUGUGGACACGUUGACCCACCAACCAGUCAAAGGACGCAAGAGGGCUGGAGGCAUCCGUUUUGGGGAGAUGGAGCGAGACUCCUUGCUGGCUCAUGGUGCAUCAUUCUUGCUGCAAGACAGGCUGUUCAACUGCUCUGACAAGUCUCUGGCAUACGUGUGCAGCAAGUGCCAGAGCAUGCUGUCGCCUGUCAUUGACAAAGUGGAGAGUGAUGUGGUUCGCAAGUGGACAUGCCCAACUUGUCGGACUGGGGAUUUCAUUGAAAUAAUCAGCAUACCGUAUGUGUUCAGAUACCUGGUUGCAGAACUGGCUGCCAUGAACAUUGGUGUCAAGCUCCAAGUCAAGUGAUGGUGAUGAUGUCUUAGUUGUGGGUCAAGACAUAACAUUCAUGAGUUGUACAUAAAAUGUGUGCAUGGGUUGUACAUAUGAGGUGCAAGUGCAAGAUACAAGAUGUCUAAAUAAAGUAUGUAAUGUUAAUUAC